AUGUCUUCCCACAGACGCCACUUUCACUGCUUUGACGCUGUAGGAGGCGAAGGCACCCACAGGUCUUCCAUUCCUUUUAAGCGCCACAGCACCCGCUUACCCAGAAUCCCCCAGCAUGGCAUGGUGGCCCAUCAUGAACCCACAGCCGAAUGCUAUCUUUGCUCAGAGUGUAGACACGUCCAUGCCUUGGAAGCAGUAGAGACUCAGUUGUCACCUUUCUAUCACACUCACCCAUCAUGUCACCACCACCAUCCACACCACUAUGUCCUCAGUGGGCCGAGCAGGCCUGAAGAAACACCUCUGGGCCACAAACGCCACAUUCAUCAUCACCGAUACAGUAAGAAGCUGGUGUUGGUGAAGAACAGCGACCCCUCAUUCAGAAAGACCAUCACCUUGCACCGCAGGGGUCUACGCAGUUUGGGGCUUUUCUUAGAGGAGGUUUCCGAGCUCAUGCAGUACCACAUCAGGAAGCUGUACACUGUGGGCGGGCACAAGAUCGACAGCGUUCAGAGUCUUCUGCAGUGCCCCGGCGUUCUUGUCUGUGUCGGCCGGGAGCCUUCUCACCCAUCGAUUGUGGAGAACUUUCGGAAAACAUCCGAUGAUAAACUUCCAAAGCUGAGUGUGAGGUCACGCUCCGGUGGCUGCACUGACGGACAUGAGAGUAGUCAAGGACUCCCUUCAAAGAAAAGUGUCACCGACCCAAACCUGGAAUCUGGAAACAAAGUUAUCAGGCAGUCAGUGUCAUCUGACAAGUCAGGCCCAGAUGGAACUGAUUCACCAGACAAUGUCAACUCUUGCCCACCCUCUGGUGAUGGGGUGAGGGAAGAUGAUAUAGAGAAACGUGUUCGUGUUAAUAAAGAUGGCAGUUUAUCAAUGGAGAUGAAAGUGCGCUUUAGACUGCAAAAUGAUGAAACAGUGCACUGGUCCACGGAAGUAAGAAAGACCACAGGCAGGACCUGUGACUACCACCAAGGAAACAAUAACCCACACUUUCCGAGCUAUCUUGAAUCUGAAAACAUCUCUGCUGUUCAGCCAGACGACCAUUUCAUGAGUCAGCACUAUCAGAGACAUCAAGAAGAACCUCAUUGUCCUCACUGCUGCGGUCACUGCCAGGAUUAUGAAAUCUGGAAAAAUGUACCAGGAACACAUGGGGCAAGUCGCCGCAUUCAAACAUCUAGCUCAAGUGCAUCUUCACAUACAGUGGUCUCUAGAAAGACAGUAGUAUCUAGAUCAAGUGAAGAGCUUACUGAACAAGUGGUGGAGACAGAGACUUGUGUGAAGCAGACUGUUGAGGCAGCUGAAACUGUAGAGUAUUGCACCAUCGGGAGUGAGGCUUGCUCACCAAAGUGCAACAUCAACUGUGUCUGGCAAAAUACAGGACCCAGAGACAAAGGAUGA